CUUGAAUGGAUUCAAUGUACGGAAUUAUUGCAAUAGUGUCGCUCAUCCUGGUCGCUGGUCAAGUCCAGGCACAGGGCCAGAACGCGGAACUUAAUCAAAGUUGCGGUGCAUCAAAUGAGCACCAAUGCGUCCCGCGUCAUAUGUGCAAGGUCAAAAUUGAGUUUCGAAUGGCAAUGACAUACCGCAACCUAGGAUGUGUUUCAACUGCGAUUUGCUGCCCCAAGAACCUAAUAAUCAAGGAGCCUAGACUUAUCAUUAAUGAACCGAUAACUGAUCCCCAGUGCGGAUUUGUCAACUCGAAAGGUGUGACCUUCUCAUUUAGAGAGGAGGAUACGGGCUUGGCCCAGGAGGCGGAGGUACCAUGGAUGGUGGCCUUGCUGGAUGCCAGAACCAGCAGCUAUGUGGCCGGUGGCGCCCUCAUCGCUCCACAUGUAGUGAUCACGGCCAGGCAAAGAACCGAAAACAUGACCGCAAGCCAGCUUGUUGUGCGAGCUGGCGAAUGGGACUUCAGCACCAAAACCGAGCAGCUUCCUUCUGUGGACGUUCCUAUUCGGUCAAUUGUCCGUCAUCCUGGCUUCAAUUUAGAGAAUGGGGCCAAUAAUGUGGCCCUUGUGUUUCUUCGCAGAUCGCUCACCAGCUCGCGCCACAUAAAUCCAAUAUGUAUGCCGUCGGCUCCAAAGAAUUUUGACUUUAGCCGGUGCAUAUUUACGGGCUGGGGAAAGAAUUCCUUUGACGAUCCCUCCUAUAUGAAUGUCCUGAAAAAAAUAUCAUUGCCGGUGGUCCAAAGGCGUACCUGUGAGCAGCAACUUCGCCUCUAUUACGGAAACGAUUUUGAACUGGACAACAGCUUAAUGUGCGCAGGCGGUGAGCCUGGAAAAGAUUCGUGCGAGGGUGACGGUGGAUCCCCGCUAGCCUGCGCGAUAAAAGACAAUCCGCAGCGCUACGAACUGGCUGGCAUUGUGAACUUCGGCGUUGACUGCGGGUUGCCUGGCGUUCCGGCUGUUUAUACAAAUGUGGCUAACGUAAUUGAAUGGAUUACUUUGACAACUGUCAACAUGCCGCUGCCUGAAGAGCGCGAGGAGGUUCCUUACGCAAGUCCAACACUUUCUGCAGGCCCGUAUCUUAACCAGUGGAAUCAACCGAACUAUGAAUGGCUUCCGACAGGCUAUCCAAAUGUUAAUUCCAUUCCAUGGCAGCUCCAAGAAGCUAAUAAUGAUCUUGCCAAUAGUCAGUACGUUCGUUAUUACCCUGUUGAAAACGUUGGGAUCAACAUACAUUCUGCUGGUCAUGGAAAUGAUCAACAAAUUGUUAGGCCCAUUCAGCAGGACAUACCGAAAGACUCAGAUGAUUUAUUUAAUAGUGUAUUUUCAACCACAAUGGAAUACAAUUUCGACGCUUAAAUUCGUUGUCAAUUGUGUAAAAAUUGUUGAUUUAUUAAAGAAAAUGAACGGCCGAGAUUUUAUUCUCUGCAUCUUUUCAAUUG